GCCCGCGGCCUCGGCGGGACGAUGCUGGAGUCCAUUCGCGUGACGGAAAAGCUGCACUGGCCUGAGCAAGAACUUGCUAAGAAGUCUGUUCUAAGUGCAGAAGAGUCAUUGAUCAUUGACAGUAAAAGAAGCAUUUCACAUUUAUCUCCUGGAAUACUGAAGGACAUUUUCACAACUGGAACCAGUAGUUACAAUGUCCUACUGCAGAGCAAAGAGGAGAGAAAGCAUCAUUCACAGAAACAACCUUCCUCCACCUACUCCAAAAGAUGUAGAAAACCCAGCAAAUCCCCUAGCUCUUGUCGCAGUAAAGAGCUUCGCAAGAUGAAAGCCCCAGUGCCCGUGGUGCGCAGCAGCACUUGGUGCUGCCUAGAAAGGCAGCCUGCUGCUUUUGUCACUAGUUCAGUGUCAAGUCCUGUAAAGUUUACACAUGGUAUCUCUGUUACAGGAAGCAGCAUAGUACCGCCACCCAAACCCCCAAGCGAAAGGAGGGUCAAGCGAUGCCACUUCUCUACUCUUCCAAAGCCAAAGCCGCAGCCUCAGCUCUCUAGAAGCUUUGAAAAAGGAGGUGACUUUUCUGGAAAGAAGUUUUGUAUACUGACUGCUAUAAAGCCCACCAACUUGGAGAAAGAAAAACUGAGAUUCUUCAAGGCUGACUAUACCUACAAUCCUCAGUUUGAAUAUGCUAAUCCUUCUCUGCCAAGUGUGUUAGCCAAGCACAGCAACGCAUCUGACCGAUUUCUUAAACAGUCCGUCAAUAUUAUGGAACUGACGUUACAAAAGUAUGGAAGUUAUGAAAGAUUUGAACAGGCCACUGGUGGUAGCCUGCUAUCUAAAACUCGAAUCUGGAGUCAUGUUAGGAAGUACAUGAUGAAAGAAGGCUGCAUGGGUGAGAUUGUAGUUCAUCUCACUGAGGACCUGCUUUCCCGAGCUUCCAUGACAGUAGUCAAUGGAUGUCCAACGCUGACCAUCAAUGUUUCCACUGCACGUGAGCAUUGGCUGGAGGGAAUGCUGAGGCAUGAAAUAGGCACACAUUAUUUUCGAGGUAUUAACAACCUUCAGCAGCCAUGGAACAGUUGGACUGGCCGUAAAAAACAUGAGCUAAAGCCAAACAAUCCCACAGAGGAAGGACUGGCAAGUAUUCACAGUGUCCUGUUUAGGAAAGACCCCUUCUUGUGGAGGGCUGCCCUCCUCUACUACACUGUUUAUCAGGCCAGCCAAAUGUCUUUUUGUGAACUCUUCAGAGAUAUUGGGAAGUUUGUCAAGGACCCCAACACAAGAUGGGAUUAUUGUGUUCGAGCCAAGAGGGGAUGGACUGAUACUUCCCAGCCAGGGUGUUUCAGUAAAGACCAAGUAUACUUGGAUGGUAUCCUGCAAAUCCUCCGCUAUAGAGAGACCAUUGACUUUCAUCUGCUGACCGCCCUGGGGAAGGUCUCUUAUGAAGACGUGGAUCGCUUAAAAGGAUUGGCAGUUACUGAAAAUAUGAGAGUCCCUCACUUUUUGCAGGACCAUGGUCGAUACAUGGAACACUUAGAGAAGAUCAUGGAAGUGAAUGAACUGACCGACAGGGAACUGAGAGAUCUUAUAUAUUAACUAGCAUUCUUGCAAACUUAGCAAAGCUGUACCUCCAUGUCUAUUAGCAGUUAGGUGCAGUUAGCACCAGCAGAUUUAUAAAGAAGAAUGACUGUUUACAUGGGUUUUCUGAAGAAUGAUCUGUAGUAUUCAGCUGAAUACUAAGGUUACGAACAAACCUUAUACUCUUUCCUUAAAAUGUUUCUUUGGCUGCAGGGAAGUUACUCGUAUCUUCAUCUGAAUCUCAGAGUCAGAUGAAAAUACUGCUGAUGAGUGUUUUUGACGAAUAUUGAGGAAUAUUGGUCAAACUGAGUGAUAAGCUUCUGCCUGAGCAGUAAGCACUGGUCUCAGUGCCCCUGCCUGAGCACCAAGACCAGCUGUGACUAGAGAUGGAAUUCCGCUGUUGCUCAAACUCCAAGGUUCUAUUUUAUUUAAUAAAUAAUCCUAAUUGUUCUCCUUUGAAAAAUUAGUUUGUGUUAUGCCCCCAAAAGCUAUAUUUAAGAUUUAUUAUUUCUUUAUAUGUUAAGUACUGUUAAAGGGAGGGGAAAAGCAAUUUGUAAAGUUUUUCCUAGUUUUUUUAUUUUAUGCGUUGUUUCACCUUAUCAGUUUACGGGAACUAAGUAGAGAAUUCCCUUGUUUAGUCCAGUUAUCCUUUCACUCUUACCCCUUCAAAAUUUUAACUAAGUUUUAGGGUCUUUCCUCCCUGUUCCUUUAUACAAAUGUUAAGUACAAGUUUCAGGGAAGUUUUUCUACAUAAAUUAAAAUAACUGGGGAAAAGAAAACCUACUUACCUUCUUAUUAACGAGCAACAAGCAGGGGAUGAUUCGUGCAGGAACUGGUGUUGACUGGGUGGCAUCCACAGGAAACUUGACUGUGCUCUGAGAAACAGUCUCAGGCGUUGCCAUUUGAUCAGCCAGCCUUGUGAUAUUGGCUCACAGUGUUUUUACAAAAUCUUCAUCAAGCCAAUAAUAACAUUUUUUGAACUUCAGAAAUGUGAAUUCUGCUUUGCUACAUUUCUGGCUAAAAGCUCAUACACCCAGCUUUAUAAUUUAUCAGUUUCAAUAUAUACUUGGGCAUGUAUACCUGGGAUCAAGUAGUUUUUCCAACAACUUAUUUUAAUGAUCAGAAAGAAUACCGAUGUUAACACCCCAUUCAAAAUUGCUGCUGUAAUUUCUACCCAAAGUCUGAGAGUUUAUCUUUACCUCAAUUCAGGCUUAAAUAUGGUGCUAACGCUGAUGGAUGCAUACUGCAAAGCCGAGUUCACGUUCAUACUAGGAAAUGAUUUUGGAAACUCUUACAGACUAGGCUGUGAUUUUUCUCUUUCACAUAUCUAGAAAGGCUUGCCUCAGAAAAGACUGAUACACUUUAACAAACAGGAUAUACUCUAACUGGCACCUGGUGGUUCAUGCACAGCUGUGCAUUGGGCCUUUGGCAAUAGCAGGUCAGGCCCUUUGGAGCAGGGAAGGUGCCCACACCUGUGCCAUGGUGGCUGGAGUGUGGCCUGCGUGUCUCUGCAGAGCUAGGGGCACAGUGCCAGACACUGGAAAACCAUUCCUGUUCCCUCAGCCAUUAUUUCCUUGUAGCAAAGUCAUCCAGCUUCAGCUUCGUGUAGUGUUUUCUGACUUCACCUUUAAACUUAUCAAAGGUAAUUGUGAAAACGGUGUCUUAUUAACUAGUAUUGAAAUACAAACAGAAAUGGCAAUAUUUAUCUCCUGUGACUUAAGCCCAAAUGCUUAUAAACAACAUUUAUAGGCAGUGACACUGCUCAUCUUACGUUACGGUUUAAAUAGAAAGGAAACUCACAGCUGCCUUAAUUUCCUGUGGGUAGGAUUAUCUGCACUGCUUCUAGUCCCUGAAUUUUCAAAUGGAUAGAUAUUCUCUAAGUGAUAUGAAAAAGGAAAAGUUUUCUUGCCUUACUGCUUUGGUAUAAAGACAAAAAGCAUGAGCACUAUCCAGACAAAAAAAAAAAUGACCUUAAGUCACAUUGAUCAAGGUAUUCCUAAAGUUCACAAUGUACCAAAAAUAGUCGAAGACUAGCAGAAAUACUUAAAGAGCUCUAAGUUUUAAAAUUUGAGAUUGAAGAUUUAAUUACUGUUCAUACUAUUUCAAGAAAGAGAAUAAAGGUCAGUUUUGUUCCCCAAAAUGAAAAUUUUAAAUAGAAAAUCAUAACAACAGUGCUUAGGAAAAUAGUUGAAGAUCAUAUUAGUUUUAAUUAUCAUCGUUAAUUGCUGUAGGGUAUUGAUGAUUGGGAUUUCAUGCAUUUUGUCCACUGUAAUUCUAACGUACAGUUGUAUCACAUACAAAUUUUGAUAAACUGAUAGGUUUUCACACCAGACAGAUUCAAAGUAAAAUUGUUUGCAAACAUAAAUCCAUCGUCUUCUUUAUAUUUUCACCUUUGCAGAAGUGUUUACAGUUUGUUAUCAUUUGUUUUAUAUAUCUGAGCAUUUUGUGUCUAGCUGUAACAGAAAUAAAGAGCCCUGAGGUUUUCAAAUGAAGUA